AUGACCACCACACUGUACCAACAACACCGAUACCCCCAGCAACCAGCAGACCCAUCCCCGGCAGCAACGAUCGCAAAACUGUCGAUGAAGCCAAACGGAGCACCACCCGAUGAGGACGACAACCAGCCCCUGGGACUGAUCAAACGGAUGAAGAAACUCGACAGGGUACAGCAACAAGCCAUCAAACCAACUGUGCUCACCCAAAACCAGCAGCAGCAGCAACAACCCAGUCGAGCCGAUCCCAUCACCCGCCCCCGUCCAAGCCAACUGGACACCACCCACGGCGCCAACCAGACCAGGAAACACUCCGACCAUCUCCUCACACCGCUCUCCCCCUCCCUCCAAGACCACACAAACCACACCAUGCCCAUCCGGCUGCCCUCAGAACGCUCCAUGACCAGAUCCCCCGUCGAGCCACGCGACCUCAUCGACUUCUCCCGUCACCCGUCCUCCCACAACCCCCAACAACAACAACAUUCCAGCUCGGAGGAAAAGUCUGCACUCGACCACGUCAGACGCUCGCCCACCCGGCUCAGGGGCCACACCGACCAACAACUGCCCCAUCACGAACCGGUCUCAAACGCCUUGCGACGGGCCAAGACGACCGCCGACAAAGCGGGCGCCUUCCACUCCUUCCACAACCCUCCCCCGACGGAAUCGAGAUCGCCAGUCCUGACUCGCCCGACCAACCUGCUCCAUCCCAUCGACACCAAGGUCGACACCGCCGCAAGCCAACACGCCUCGCCCAGCGACACCUGCUCGCCCUCCCUCGCCCCCCUCCCCCGCAAGAAGAUCCUCAUCAAACUCGCCAUCAUCCACCAAGCCCGCUCCAUCAUGGUCGAGAUCGGCCCGCUCACCUCGGUCAAGGAUCUGCUUGCUCAGGCCCACCAGACCGGCGCGCUCAGUGAGGGCUCGUGGGGCGUCUUCGAGGUCUGGACCGAGCUCGGCAUCGAGAGACCGAUCCGAGAGAUCGAGACGAUCAUGUCCGUCGUCGACACCUGGACCUCCGCAGACACCAACGAGACCCAUCUGCUGGUGCAGAAAAACGACCUCUCCGGGCUCGCUGUCUCCAAGCGCUCGUUCACCUCGGGCCGCCAUGGCGGAAACCUCUGGUGCGAACUCAAGCCGGGUAAAUGGACGAAGAAGUAUGUCCUUCUGCGCGACAACGAGCUCUAUCUCUGCUCCAACGACAAGGGCAAAGACGAGAUGUUCCUGUGCACGAUGGAGAAGUUCGACGUGUAUGCGAUCCCCUCAUGGGCCCACAAGACGUUGAAGGGCGUGCCGAGGGAAUACGCGUUUGGCCUGAAGAGUCUCAACAAGCUGUCCUUCUUCGAGACCAAGUCAGACUUCAUCCACAAGUUCUCGUGCAAGGACCGACUGGUCUUGCUUGAAUGGAUCCGUCGUCUGUACGAUGCCCGCACGUAUAUCGUCAUGAGUCAUCGCGGAGAAGAAGAGCCGACACCGGCCGGACAUCUGAGUCGGACGAAGACGACGCGCACCGGGGCCGCAGGAGGAGGCGGAAGCGAGCGGGUGAAGCGGAGCGGGACGGUUGCCGGAGCCCGGGCCGCGUCGGCUGGCACGAAGGAAGCGAUGCCCGGGAUGGCGGGGUCGGAGAAGAGCGCGGCGCGCAAAGAGUCGACCGGGUCUGGAGGCGGAGGAGGAGCCGGGCUGAGUCGGAAACCGACGCUCGUGCAGACCUCGUCCUCGGCCAAGUUCAAGCAGGGCACCCUGCUCGGCGAUCUCGCCCCGCCCCCUCCUCCCUCCAAACACCACCUCCUUCCCACCGCCGACGACGCCACCACUCUCCAGGCGGUCCUGCCCGCCCACAUUCUCGCGCUCUCCGCGCCCCUCGGCGACCAUCCCCGCGACCCGCUCCCCGGACUCUCAUCCGCCGGCCGCUCCUCCAGCCAACCCGCGGCCUCCUCCGUGCCCGUGUCCACUUCUUCCACUACUGCGGGUGGGACGACGACGAGCACGACGACGAUCAAGCUGAGGACGUGGGAACAGAUGGGCUCCGAGGAACGCAAACUCUACCUCGCCGAGGUCCAGAACAAGGCCAAGCUUGAAGGCCGCACCCUGCUCCAAUUCGACCACUCCGACCCGCCCCCCGUCCACUCCCUCCAUGCUCCCCACCAUGGCCCGCCGAAGGAGCCGCUCAUCUCCUCCGUGCCCUCCGCCUUCUCUGGCCCCCCUCAUUCGGCGGCUGCCGGUGGCCAUACUGGGCUCAAGAGAAGCAUCACCCUCGGCGGCAGAUCGUCCGCCCAGAAAUCGUUCGCCUCCCGCAAAGCCUGA